AUGGAUCGCCCAGUCACCUCAAAGUCUCGCGGAAUUUGCAAGUACUACAAGGAACCGAGAGGCUGCUUUUCCGGCAGCAAGUGCAAGUUCCUCCAUGAUGAGCCAAAUGCUCGAGGCCUGACGCCCUACGAUCAAGCAAAGACAUGUCGCUUCUAUGCUCAAGGUUAUUGCAAGAGAGGAGAUAAAUGUUGGUUCAGACACACCCCACCACCGCCCAGUCAAGGCGACGACGACGACGACGAGCCCUGUUCCAUUUGUUUUGAACAGCCCGUUACCUAUGGCCUUCUUAUGGGAUGUAGUCACGUCUUCUGUAUUUCGUGUAUCAAGCAAUGGCGAGAUUCAUCGAAGCAAAAUAGAGAUCCGGGCCCAUCCAAAGUCACCAAGCAAUGCCCCAUGUGCCGUGCUCCUUCCGCAUACAUCACCCCCUCCUCCCUCUUUUACAAGAACGAAGAUCCCAGAAAGGAGAAGAUCAUACUUUCGUACAAGGAGAGCAUGGCCAGGGUACCCUGUAGUUAUUUUCAAGCAUCCAAGAUGGAAGAUGCUACGAACCCAUUUUGUCCCUUUGGCAAGGAUUGCUUUUACCAGCACUUGAACGAGGACGGCACUCCUCACGUCUUCGUUCAGGGUGUUGAAGCAUGUAUGAAGGUGCGUCCCAUCGUUCCCCCAUGUGACUAG